AUGCUUCAUGUUCAGAUUCCGAGCCCCUUCUUGAACACAGUGGAAUCGAGGAUUUACGAACAUUUGAGCGAAUUGAUUGUUUUUGAUUCUUUUGAGGCCGAGCAUUUCUACAAAGAUAAAAACAGAGUCAAAGGAGGCCAGACGUCAGGAUCUCUUGGUGGUGCAGGUGGCCACAUACUAGGUUCACGAAGUUCACCGAAAGUCCACGAAGUUGGAUCCCGUGUAGGCUCUUCGAAAGUCGAUAAACAAGAUGAUCCUACAAUAAAUUCACAAAAUACGGAUACAGAAAAAGUAGCGCUUUUUGAAGGAGAGGAGUUUGAAGUAGUAGACGAGUGCAUUGAUGAUGAUGAAACAGCGUCAUUUAAGGAAUCAUCAAAAGUUACAGCGGCUAAGUCUAUCGAAGCACCCAAGAGCACUGACAAUGCACCAAUGCAAAGUACAGAAGAGUCGAAGACUAAGACUGCCGAAGAAUUGAAAUCUGCUGAUAGCUUGGAAACGAAAGAACCUUCUAAAACCUCAGAUCCACUCCAACAAAAGAAAUUAUUGACUGAAAAGCGACUUUUACUGACACAACAAAACGCCCGUCUUCGAAAGCCGAUCGACUUUACAGCUGAUAUUUCUAUGGAUCAAUUAGACGUGUCGGGAGAGUAUAUGACUGAUGAAGAAAUAAUGAAUCAUCUUGAUGAGAUAGAAAACAUCGUGCUAGAUGGAACGGAGUUUGAGCUUCAGGAUGACGUUGAUUCAACCAAUGCAGCUUCAAAUAUAUCCGAAGUAAAUGUGCAGAAGAACAAAGCAACGGAAGAUCCAUCCAAACAGCCAGAAAACAAGCAAUCAGAAGAGAUGAAGACUACGAGCAAAAAAGAAGACAAAACAGAGGAGCCAAGUGAAGUCACAGCUGAAAAAAUGGAAGAGAAACCUCAGACUGUGGAAUCCGAAUCCAAAGAUUCUGGUGUAGAUUGGUACGAGAAAAAGUUGGAAACAAAAGUUGCAACGGUAAAAGAUCGAUUGUCAAAAUUAGCCCGUGUCCUUGAAUUUUCUUAUCCGCGGUAUAAAGGGUACCUAGACCGAAAUGAAGCUAUCACUGGAACCCCCGUUUGUCGAUUGGACCAACCUCGACGAUGCCUGCUAGAAAAACCUCACAUCAAUCGGUGGAAAUUCGUGUGCAACAGAAAGCCUGUACAAGAGUCAACAGAGAAGCAAAACACUAACAAGGAGGAGACUCAUUCGGGGAACAGUGGCUCUACAAUGUGGCGGCUGACUCCAACCGGUGUAUGGGAUUCUGAUACCGAUAAUUCUUCUCAAUAUCCGCCUUUUGUAAUGAAAGCAGUCAAGGUGUUCGAAGACUUUCUUCAGACAACACAAUCCGUUGAUGAACAAGCUUCACAAACAUCCAGUGAAAUUGCCGUUGUUACUAAUGAAGAGUCAAAGUCUGAAGACACCUCUACACGUAGUGAUACCGAUGAGAAAGAAACUGUCAAGCAAGAGUGGCUAUGGCUUUUAGUUAGGUGUAAUCGUGUUGAUGAACUAAUGCUCUUUGCAACUGGAAGAAACAUUGGUCGUUCAACUAUGGAUGAGUUAAAACAGGUGUAUGAAGUUGGCCCAGGCAAAGACUGCAAGGUCAAAUCACUCUACUGCAAAUCUGUUACAAAAACUGGAGGUACAACGAAUACCACUACAACAUUUUUACUUGGGUCUGAAGCUUUAGAUGAGGUUGUUGGUGGCAUUAAAAUACAAUUGGCGCCUAAGACAAAUUUCUGGUCGAAUGCAGCAGGUGCAGAAAGUUUGGGAAAUGCUGUUGCCGACUUGCUAGCACCUACAUCUAGAACAACAGUUGUUGAAAUAGGGUGUGGAACAGGCCUCAUUGGGCUUAUGCUUGCAUCUAAAUGUCAUCAAGUUAUUGGACUUGAUUCACCGUCUGAAGUAGAAGAAGCUGAAAUGUCUAGCGAAUUAAAUGGCGUCAAAAAUGCUUCAUUUGUAAUGGGUGAACCUGCCGAAGUGAUGGCUACAAUUGCUAAAGUAUUGUCAAACUGUAAGGCUGCUGCGAUUGUAAACACCAACACUAAUAUAGGCAGAGCCAUUGAAGUAAUGACGGAUCUGCGGAAGAUUCUGUCAUUGAAGCGGCUCGUAAUGGUAACAACUUUAACAAAGCAGUCUGUUCGCUCGAUAUUGGAGUUAACACGACCGGGUAAUGGAAAUCUUGGAAAUCCUUUUAUACCCAUUCGCGCAUGUGUUGUGGACACUUUACCAGUUGGGCCGCAUUUCGAGGUUGUUAUAUUGAUGGAACGUCGGUUGAUAAACAAAUUUCCACGGAUUUGGGUAAAUCCAGCUACUUCAGCAUCGUUAUCGCAAGAAAAAUCAAUCGCGGAUAAAGGAGCAAAAACCUUGACUACCCAAGGUGCAAAUAGUCCUGCUAAAAAAGCAAAAGUUCCCUUGAAUAAGGUAGCAAAAAUAGUCGAACCUCCUGUGAAGAAAUAUGUUGACAAGGUAGAACUUUUACCGAAGAAAGCUAAGUUUACUCCAGGUUUUACCAAAAAAUCUCAAUUCAUGCCUCCGAAACAAUUGAAGGAGACUCCAUUACCACCACUCAAAAAUAAAUUCAAGCCAAAGAGAGUUCAUUCUCCAGAGAGGCCGCAUGUGCCUCCUAAAAAGUUUGCCCCUAGGUUCGAAAAAGGAAAUUUCAAACCCUGGGCUGUCGGUAGAGUUUCUCCGGAUUAUAGAGUGCACGAAGAUAGGCGAAUUAUGAAUAAGUAUGAAGAUCCCGCACGAAGAAAUUUCCCGUUCAGAAAUCGAAGCCCAAUGAUUAAGAAGGAACAAAAAUCACGGGGAUGGAGCGUAGAAAGCGUCGUGCCUCGCGGAAGUCCAGGUCGUGAGAAAAGAUUUAGGGAUCAUAAGGAUCAGUCUGACUUGCGGGAAAGAUUAUCUAGUAACCGUAUAGAGCCUGAGAUAAUGGAAAAGGUUAAAAAACAGCAACAAAUGCUCGACAUGGCUAAGCAGAAGUUGAGCGGACCGGCUUCUACUGUAGAUGUUGCUACAGCUAAGCAACUUCAGAAUAUGUUGAAUAUGGUGCUUGAACAGACAAAUAAAUUGCAGAGCCAACUACCGCGUUCUGUAUGGGACCGUAUUGCACCUCCUGAAAAUGUCCCUAGCUCAUCGAACGUGCAGGUCCAGAAUGAUCCGCUACUGAAAGGUCGUUAUGUUCAGGAAAUGGGGACUCAAGAUAUACUAAUCACAACAGCUAACAGAGAGUUUACGAAACCCGACGACUCAAUGUCUAGAGGAAAUUAUGACAGAUUCAACAAUGUUGUACCCUCGAGGAAUGCUAUAAUGGCAUCUGGUUCGCAACAGGACUCUGGUGGAAAUCGUUUCCAGAAUACGGCACCUGACAGGUAUCACGGUCGCGAUGGGAAUUUUAAACAACAGGAACAAGGAGGCCAUUGGAAACAGAUGGAGAAAAAUCGGUGGGAACCUUUCCAGCCAAUGAAAAAAAAUUCACCACCUAUUCGGAAGCAUAUUUCACCCCCCAGGCAUCAAAUAUCUGUAAUGGGAAGACCCAUAUCACCUCGACGAAUUGCGUCACCGAUCAGACGACCUCUGUCGCCACCUAGACGCCAGAUAACACCGCAAAGAAGACACAUGUCACCGAUACGACGUCAGUUGUCACCGCCGAGGCGUCAGAUGUCUUCACCACGUCGACAAAUAUCCCCGCCAAGACGUCAGAUAUCGCCCAGACUUCAAAUCUCUGAAUCAAGACGUCAGAUUUCACCAUCCAGAAGGGCUAUAUCUCCUCCUAGACGCGUGUUGUCUCCUACCAGACGCCACAUUUCACCUACAAGACGUCAGGUGUCACCGCAAAGAAGAAUGGACGACGACUGGGAUAUACCGAGCAGAGGUGCAGUUGAACAGAACACUUGGCAGAGACCCGCUGAAAGAUUGCCUGAAAAAAGAUGGCACGACGAGAGGCAGCAGCCUGUCACUUCUAAUUGGGAACAUCCUUCAGGUAAUGAUAGAUAUCGGAAAUCUUUGAAUCAGGACAAAUGGGAAUUGAAAGAUGGUGGUCACGAUGCGUCAUGGAACAGCAGUGGUGGUAAUGGUGAUACAUGGGCCAACAAACAGUCUGCAGCUGUCCCUAAUAAAGAUUUUAAAGAACAUUGGCAACCAGCCACUGAAAACAGAUGGCAAAACUCAUCGGGAGGAGUGAACGGAGACAAUUGGAAUAUUAAGGGGAAAGAAAGCUUCCCGAGACCAUUGCCAAGAGAAGAGUGUAAGCCUGUCUGGGGUGACGGAGGGAAACCUAGAUGGGGAGAUCAGAUAGGAUCUACAAAGGAUUCAUGGGGGGGUCAAGCUGAUAAAGAGGAUUGGAACGAUCUUCCAGAUGAUGCUAAGGAUCCUUGGGGAGAUGAUGGUAACAAUAUCAGCAAAGAUCGUUGGCCCAAGUACGAAAAUAAUCCAGGCCCAUCCUCUGGAUGGUCUAGGGAAAAUCAGAUAGGGGAUACGUGGGGCAAGCCUAGUGAUGCUUGGCAAAAUAAAUCUGGACCUGGUAACAAGUCCCAGUGGAAUUCAUCCCAGGGUGGUCCAGCUAUGAAUGACUCACGCUGGAUACCAAACGACAGCACUAAAAAAGCUUCAGGAACCUGGCAAGGAAAUUCGGGACUAAAUAACAGUUGGCAACCACAAAAUUAUCCGGGAUUUCAACAAUCCAGAUCUUACAAUCCUGGUUCCUUCAAAGAUCGACGUUAAUCAGUUUUAUUAUAAAUAAUAUUUCAUUUAAAAUUGUCAAUAUCAAGACAUUGAAAUAUUACACUUCAAUUUUCAGUUAUAACUUGUCGAUCUGGGUAAGCUGAUGUAUACGAAGCUUUGGAAAUUCCACAGUUUUUAUGGAUUAUAUCUAUAAUCAAUUGCUUCGUGUCAUAGGUACUACAUCGUAAAGUAUAUUAGUACCUACGAUUCUUGCGGUUAUGGCUAAUUUGAUUGAUUUACGAAAAUCAUGGGAUUAUCCAGUUGGAACACUGAACUGUUAUAAUGCACUAUUUUGUCGCGAAACCAUGUUUAACACUAUUGUUUUUCUUUCAAAUAAGUUAGCAUUAAACAGCACAUAACAAAGUAGAUUAAAAUUUAGAAAAAUGUUAUUUUAUACGUAAUGAUAAGAAUCAUAUUCAAUGGCUACUCUCAACCAGCAAUUUUUGUACAUUGACACGUGAUUGUUUGUUUGUCACAGUACCGUAGUAUAAAAUAUGAACGUACAUGAAUACCAAUGAGAGAAUAUAGUCAUUCAUCAUUGCAAGCUGUUCAGCUGUUCACCUGGUUAUAUAAAAAUUGCAUAGAACCACGGAGCGUUGUUUAAAUGUGUCCGGGAAAUUACAAUAACGCGUGUUAAAGUAAUAUAUGCAUACAUUAUCAGUAAAGAAAUGAAAAAAAAAUAUAGAAAAAGACAAUACUGAC